AUGUUGGUCGAUACCGAAUUCCGCGGGGUCGCCGGGACUCUGGUGCUCAAUGCAGAACUCGACCAGAAGGUUGCAGAUGAAGCUUAUAUCGAGACCAUGCCGAAGGAGGCGGUGGCGACUAUGCGAAAGGCUCCCGAUGAAGUGACUAUCCUCAUAGCGCAGCCAACCAACGACGUUCACGACCCUCUGAGUGGGUCACAGGGAAAGAAGUGGCUCAUCCUGCCGGUUGUCUUAUUCUGCGCCAUCACCCCAGAUAUGCAGGCUGGGUUUGGGAUUCCUGUGGUGCCAGCACAGGCAGUCUACUGGAACAUCAGUGUUAGCGAUUCGGGUUGCUCGAUGUCUGGGAAUGUUUUUGUAAGUCCACAUUUAGAGAACGCCAGAUGUUAUACACAGAUCGAGAGUGGACCUAUCUGCUUGAUUGUGUUCUGUCUCCCUGGCUAUUCAGAGAGACUCUGUCUGUUUAUAUACACUUUGGCCUGUGCUCGGAAGGCCGUUCCUGAAACCUCCUAUUCCGUCGCCACGUUCUCGCAGACCGGCGAGAACAACGGUGUGGUGCAGUUGGUAGAGUAG